UGAGACACGGACAGGUGAGACACGGACAGGUAUGUCUGCGUCCGCCACACGAGACACUGCUGUCAAAAAGAAGCACGUUCGUUUCGCCAGCAUGGAGGAGGAGGAGGAAGAGGAGGACCAGGAGGAGGACACCCUGUUUGACAAGAGGACGGACACCGGGAGGAAGGACACCGGGAGGAAGGACACCGGGAGGACGGACACCGGGAGGGGUCUGAGGAGCGCCCUGAAGGCGGGCAGGAGGAGCACCCUGCCGGGCAGCAGAGGACGCUGCUCGGUCUCCCUCACUGUCUGCGCAGCGUUCCUGGGCUUGGGGAUGAGUAUAUCUGUUCUUGGCCCUACAUUCGAGGACCUGGCUGUGAAUGUGAAGAAGAACAUCAGCAAUAUUUCGUACAUCUUCGUCGGACGUUCUGGGGGCUACAUCGCUGGUUCCCUCUUAGGAGGGAUUCUCUUCGACUACAUUAACCCCCACCUCCUGCUAGGUUUUUCUAUGCUGAUCACAUCAGGUGGGAUGUGUGCUAUCCCCUUCUGUAAGCAGGCUCUGCUCCUCACCGGGCUCAUGUCCAGCAUUGGGAUGUCUAUGGGUAUUCUGGAUACAGGUGGGAACGUCCUCAUACUGAACACGUGGGGCGAGCAGGCGGGUCCUCACAUGCAGGCUCUGCACUUCAGCUUCGCAGCCGGGGCCUUUGUGUCUCCGAUCAUAGCCAAGCUGCUGUUUGGGCCCGACGGCAACGGCAGCACGGGAAUCAUACCAACCAACUCUACACCUCCGGUCACCACGGAACAAAUCAACAAAGUCCCCGACGCUCACACACUCACCCGCUACGUCCACAGCACCCUCAAAUCCAUGUGGGCCUACGUUGUGAUCGGCUCCUUCAUCUUUCUCAUCUCCUUCCUCUUCUUCAUCCUUUACUGCCGCAGCAGCAGGUCAUGUGACAGAGCCAAGGCGUCAUCAGGAAAGCCCCUGGUGGCCAAACAUCACACGGCUCUUAUUGCCCUGCUCUUCUUCUUCUUCUUCGCCUACGUAGGCGCUGAGGUGGCGUACGGCUCUUUCAUCUUUACCUUCGCCAAGGACUACGCCCACAUGCCUCCGUCCCAGGCAGCGGGGCUGAACUCGUUGUUCUGGGGGACGUUUGCUGCCUGCAGGGGGUUGGCCAUCUUCUUUGCGGCCUGCGUGUACCCGGGCACCAUGAUCAUGCUCAGCCUGGUGAGCUCCACCGUGUCCUCUCUGCUUCUCUGCCUCUUCAGCAAGGAGAAGGCGGCGCUGUGGGUUUGCACCGGUGUCUACGGCGCCUCCAUGGCCACCACCUUCCCCAGCGGCAUCUCCUGGGUGGAGCAGUACACUACAGUAACGGGCCACACGGCGGCAGCCUUCGUGGUUGGGGCAGCGCUCGGUGAGAUGGUUCUUCCCGCUCUUGUGGGCUUCCUGCUGGGGAAGUUCCAUGACCAGCCGCUGCUCAUGUACCUGUCGCUCAUCACCGCCACCUUCACCUCCAUCCUCUUCCCGGUCAUGUACAAGCUCGCCUCGGCCCCCAGCGGUCAGAGCAGGAAGCCCCGCGUCAGGGGUCGGCCCGAAGCAGACGACAGCGAGUACCGCCAGGCGCUGCUGGACUCCGGGGCCAAUGACGAGGAGGAGGAGGAAGAGGAGGAGCGGGACAACGAGGCCGAUCAGUGGAACGACGCAGACUUUGAGGUCAUUGAAAUGGAUGACACGGCGAGUCUCAUCAGCUCACCCAGUAAGGUCUCCUCUCCUCCUGACGUCACUGGUCUAACUGGGAGCUCUGCAGCCUCUCACACCCAGGGAACAGAGCCCACAGGUGGAGCCUCUUUCUCAGACACCAUCUCCCUGGUUGGAGACUCACCUAGACGCAAACUACUGCUCUCUCUGGACCGAGAGAAGAGAGACUGAAAC